CUUACAAAUUCUAACAUUUGUGUCUAAUUUUUCCAAUGGUUUGUUUACAUUUGAGGAAACAGCAUUUGUGUAAAUAAAAUUAUACUAAUAAAAUAAAAAUAUUAACACCAACUUCAUUCCUUCCUAUUUUUGUAAAUAUACAGAAUAACACUUCUCUUAGAAUAAGGUCAGGUAACUGAAUUCUUUUAGACUGGAUCUUUUGCUGUUUUUGGUUACCGGACCAUCAUUUGAGUCGGGCUUCGGUGAUUGUAGACGCCGCUAGCGCCACCUUGUGGCGUAGCGGCGAACAGCACCAUACACAAAUCUGCUUUGCUGGUGCUGGUGACCACCAAACUGACCUGUUGCUGACCUCUCUUAGUCAGAGGGAGAAAAAUAAAGAAUAAAGAGAGACACAAAGCAAAAUGCCUUAUUUUGUUUGGCUCUAAAAAAAUGGCUUUACAUUUUUGGACGAAUGAAUUAAUCUUCAGGGCCCUUUAAGACCGACAUACGGUGAGUACAUGCGGUGUCGGACAUCUUCGCGUGUUUCGCCUGAUUUAGCUAGCAGAAAGAUUUUGUUUUUAUCAAUACAACUCGGUAGAGUAAUUGGACUGUAUGUUGUGAUGCAUGUGGCGUUCCAACAAAUAGCUGGUCUGUCAUGCCUGAUUUAAUUUCGCUUGUGGACAGUGUGGUCUUAGCCUGCAGGAUGUUGUGACGAUAAACUCAGGUGUGCUGCGGUCCCAGCGACUUAUCUGUCCGUGGUGAUGAAUUUAAUUUGAAUUAAUACGCAAUCUAAUUAACUUUUUUAGUUGAAGAGGAAAACAAGUUACAAAGUCGUUUUAACUUGCAAAUGUUAGUCAGAGGAAGCUUAAAGAUUGCAUAGACCUCAUAAAGUUAUUAACAUGUUGGAGUAAACGUUUAGAAGAGCUUUUUAUAUGCAACCAUAAACACAUGCACAUCAGUUAUAUGCUUGCAAUUAAAAAUGAAAGGUUUCAAAAAUUUUAAGGGCUUGAGUUUUUUAAUAUAAAGCAAUGCAGUCUUUGGAAGCAAGACAUGGAUUUUGUCUUUAAUUAAUGGAAUUUUAUUGAUUUUUUAACAAUUAAAAAAUUAUGUGAUGCAUUUUUUUUCACGUCAUGUUAAGGUGGAUUUUUAUGAACGUGACAAAAAUCACUUAACUGAGUCUUGCCAUGAAGGUUGCAGCAAAGUCUUCUAGUCUGAUUCACUCUUGACUCUGCAGGGGAUGGAGAAAGGUGCUCGGAUUGUUAACCCAAAGAUACCAGAAACCUGGCUUUGAAGCCUUUCUACUCGCUGAGCUGCACAGGCAACAACUAUGCAGCCACAUAUUAGUAUAAAUCAUUUUUUCGGGGGUAUUUUUUACGAGGUUGCUGAUAAUUACUUGGAGAUAGGACAGGUGCAUACAGUGCUGUGCAAAGCUCUUGAUUCAUCCAUAUUUUCUACAGAUUUAGCAUCUAAGGAAACGUAAAUCCUGGUAAUCUGUUGUAAAGUGGGUGGUCUUUAUCAGGAGUUCUUCAGGCUUUCUACGACGUCUUUGGACGUUUUUCUCUGGACUCGGGCUGCUUGUUGCUCAUUGUGACUGCAGCAGCUGAGAAAGUCUUUGUUCAUCUAAUCCACUGUGACCAGUGAAUCAUUCAGGCAUAAUAAAGUCACCUAUACACAGGUGUCUCAGUCUGUCGGCCGUCAGCCCUCUCAUCUCUCCGGCUCUGUCGUCCUCACCGUCUCCUGGAGUUUCAGGCCCGGGGGCCCCAGGCUUCGCCCUGGAGAGAUGGCCGGGGGAGGGGAGAACGAGAGGCAGGAGGCGGUCCAUGCCGCCGCCCAGCUCGGCGUCAGCGGGUCGGUGGAGGUGACAAAAAGCGGAGGACGGCACGGCGGAGAGGUGGAGCAGUACACAGAGGUGGGAGUCCAAACCGAGCCCCUGAGGAUGCCCGGCCACGAAAAGAGACGUGUCACGUGGAGGAGAGAAGUCAGGGACGGGCUCACUUAUCUGUGGAAGGAGACAACGUCAGACAUCGUGAGAGACGUGUGGACUCAAACCGAGGAGCAGCUCGUGAACUCCGACCCUCCUGCCCCGCCGGUGCUGCCCUACGAGACCAUCGAUAUCAGCACCCUGCAGAGUUUGAUGCAGACAGAUUCUCAUCAGCUCGUCCCCCUCACUCUCAUCUACCCACCCGAUGAAAACCAAGCGCUCCAGUGUUCCUCUUCUUCUUCUUCGCACCUGCUGCAGGAAUCCACAACCGCCGUUGUGGCGCCACAAUACCUGCCCGCGCCCACUCCCACCCAGACGGCGUCACGCGAGGCCGACUCUCAGAGCUGCUGGGCCGAUCCGAACGAGUGGGAAGGCGAAAGGCUGGAGCAGUUCCAGGGAAACAUCACGGGAUACAUCGACCACUUCCUCAACCCCGAGAAGAGGGAGAACGGCCGCGGGGGCAGGGCGGCGAGGAAGCCGAGGGGUGCCAGGGCGGCCGGCGGCGGGCAGCGGAGGACCAGGAGGCCCAGAGGGAGGAGGGGAGCGAGGGGGCGGGGCGGAUUCACUCAGACGGUGGACGCGCAGGAGAUUGUGGCGAGCAAGCUGCAGAGGGAGUUCCUGCACAGGUGGAGGGUGAGCACGCCCAGAACAGGUCAGGGCGGGGGCGCAGUGGGCAGGAAGCUGUACCUGAAGACCAGGGAGGAGCUGGAGCCAGCCGGGAAAGUUACGAGGAGAAAAGCGCGGGGAAAAGUGCUUGAGGAGGGCCAGGGUCAGGACAUGAACCGGGGCAGUGAUGGAGCGGCAGCAGACGGCCAGCGAGGGCAAAGAAACGCCUGGCGGCAGUUCAGCAAGGCCAAUGUUUCCGUUGGUACGGAUGAGAAGUGCAGAGACCAGCCGGCUCCAGGUUGCUCCUCCCUGCCAUCCAACGACCUCCACUGUGGGCCAGGCUUACCUCCUCCCAGUCCCCGCCUUGGACCGAUGCAUUCCCCCAUCGCACCAUACGUUCCCCCGGCACCCACCCCUCGCCCCCCGGGCCCCCCUCCGCCCCAGGAGCACCAGUUUGAACAAAUGGAUAAUUUUCUGGAGGAAGUCAUGAUGGGUCUGGACGUUUUUCCAAGCAACACAGCCGCUACUCCCCGGUGCGCUCUUCCAACAGGCAGCGGCACAUUCAGCUCCUCCGACAACGCUGCCGUCCAAAGCGACCAAGAGGCCCGGAUUAGCAGCUCGGCGGUGCCGGCGCUGCAGCAGGAAUGCGAGGGCGAUCUGAACGACAUCCUGGAAAACUUCCUCCUGUCGUUCGAGCGGCACUUUGAAAGCAGUGUCCGCAGGAUAGAGAGCGAGACCCCCGAUGAGGGCGGGCACGAGGAGACGGGCCCGUGGAAACACAGGACAGCCCAGGUUCACGAGCAGAUCCUCCAAACACCUCAUCUGCAGCCGGAGGUCAGUGGCAACGAGGCGCCCGGAGUACGGAGGGAAGAUGUCGAACCGUCCGAAAACCGACUGUCGCCCAAGGAAGCGUUGCCGGCGGAAAACUCUGAGGACACCCGGGAGAAAACCGCCGCGCCGACAAGGAGGCCGAAGAACAGACGGAGAAGAAAGGAUCGGCUCUCGUUAGAGAAGAGGACGGUGAAGGAGACGGGGUCAUUGCAGCAUCCGAAGGCCACGUCUGCCCAGGAUCUCAAAGAGCAGCAGCUGCAGCUGAUCCCGGUGGUGAAACUGGACCGGAGGCACUGCCUGCUGCCAGUCCCAGCGACGCUGCAGGGGCUAAACGACCGGAGCCCCGAGGAAGAGAGUUCCCCAGAAAAGCGGACCAGCUCAGCGAAGCGCUCCCGUCGUCGCUGUUUUGGAACGAACUCGGUCAUAAAGUCCUACCCUAUCAGGAGCAGAUUAAAGGGACCGCAAAGCAAGGAAUCUUUGCCUUUUCUCGAGCAGAAUGUUGUACGGCAGGCAGACCGGCAGAGAGGCUGCUGGCCCGACAGGCCGAGGAAAAACGGAAACCUCCUCAGUUCACCUGUCGCUGAGAGGACAGCAGCUCAGCAGCAGUCUUUGAGCUCCUGUUGUACGAUGACGGGACAAACGGAGGAAAACCCCACGGCCCAGGAAGAAGACUUGACGGUCGAGUCAGAAGAAGAGGUGGGAGGACCAGCGGGGAGAGGAUUAAAGCGAGGAGCAGAAUCGAUGAAGGGCGCCGACGAUGAGGUGCUGGAAGACAAGAGAAUGUUCCUCAGUCAAACAUCUAGCGGGGAAACGUUCCCACCGCGCUCUCAGGCCGCAGACGUUCCUGCUGCAGCAUCAGCUGCAGAGCAAGACGACGCGGUGAUUGACGUAGAAACUGUUUCCCUGAGCAGUUCCACAGAUUGUUUGCAAGAAGCAAAACCAGGGGAAGAAUCGAUCAGCGAUGCUGACAAAACCUUUUCAGGAGAAGACACGGAGAUCAUCGACGUGGAAGGAGACGAAGAUGACUGCUGAGGAUCGUUCACAGAGAGAGGCUCUGGUCCACCUUCACGUCCCGACUAAUUAUGGAAAGAUGUCGAGGAUCGGGACACACAACCCCCCCAGUCCUGUGAUCUUCAGCUGGACAGAGUGUAUAGACAUUGAGGAAGAGGAGGGGAGGAGACGAAGAAGUCAACGUUACUUCUGGUUCUUUUUCUGUGGAAGAGCAUCCAGACUGAGGUGCUCUCCCGCUGACACGUGCCCCACCCCACUUCUUUGCUAAUUUUGUGGCACGUUAUAAAGGAAUGUUUGGGGUAAGGUGGGCCUUAUGAAGCAUACAUGCACUUACUAAGUUUACUUAUCAGGAACACCGCCAUUAAUCCAUUAGUUUCAGCAGCUGAACCAUGCCCAUUUACUGCAGACAUUCAACACAAAUGAUUUUAUAAGUUUUCACAGCUAAUUUGUGACUGUUUGGCAGAUAUGUUGAGUGCGUUUUGUUUUAGCUGUAAACAAAAGAGUUUGGAGAGUUUUAAAAGCUGGAGAAAACAGGUAUUUUAGUUCCUGGAGAAGUUAGCGUUGUUAUAUUAGUUGUACGUACAACUAUGACGGUCUUAGUUGUAAUUAUUGCUGAAAAUUUCAGCAGCCAUUUGUUAAAUGUUUCAGGAAAACCUUUGUGGACGUUAUUUUAUUGUUGUGUUCGGCAGCGUUCACUGUGCCACUUUUGUAGCAUCUGAUUUUGACAAUAAAAAUGUUGCUUUCACCGGA